AUGGCCCAGAACAGGACCUCCCGUCCAGAGUCCCAACGGAUAUCAUCGGUCAGACAAUACUCGUCACUCAGGCCGAACAAGAAAAACUUCCAGCGUAAAGCCGGAGGCCGGAUAGUGCUCACCACCCCGGACCCCGAGCGGCUUGUACUUCUCGGAAGCUACGGCGUCAAGGUGUGGGAGGGUGAGGUUACGGUUGCUGGUGCCCUCUUGACAGCAGCUGACGGUGUCCAAUGGCUGCAUGCUCCACACUGCCAUGCCGUGCCGGUUCUUCGAACGGCAGACGACACCAUCUUGGAACUUCAACCCCAUCCUACGGCGAAGGGGCUGAGGCAGCUGGCAAAGUUGAACCCUGCCUUUGCCAAAAUAUGGAACGAGACUCAUUCGCAAGACCCGGGUGCAGACAGGGCCUGGAAACCCCCUCGCACCUUUCAAAUUAUUUGCACCUCGGAGGAUGUCCCUAAGAGGGGCACCUUGCAGGAGCUUGUCUUGCCGGCGGAGUGGAACAAGAAACUGUCCGGUUUGGCGGCGGCGAAACGGAAAGGCACGCCCGUUGUUCUCCUCUGUGGACCGAAAUCGUCCGGAAAGUCAACAUUCGGAAGGGUGCUGGCAAACCGUCUGAUGACCGACAGGGGAGGAGUUAAAAGUAAGCCCUGGUCGGGCGUCAUGGUCCUCGACCUAGAUCCUGGGCAGCCGGAAUACUCGCCUCCCGGAGUCAUCUCCCUGUGCAAGAUCACAGCCCCUAACCUAUCGCCCCCAUUCUGCCAUCCCACUCUCGCACCAAGACAAGGCCAGCAACUACGAGCCCACGCCAUUGCCUCUGUCACACCGGCCCUCGACCCGGCCUACUUCAUCGAAUGCGUCCUCGACCUCUUCAACCAUUACCGGCGAAGCCCCGACGCCAAACCCCCCUUAGUGGUCAACACGCCGGGCUGGAUUCAAGGCACCGGGCUCGACAUCCUGACCGAGCUGAUCACGGCGAUCCGACCGACCGAAGUAGUCUACAUGUCCCAGGACGGUCCCGAAGAAACAGUCACUACCCUUCAAACCGCCUGCACUACCGUUAGCCCUCCAACCCCCUUCUCCACCCUCCCGUCCCAACCAAGCGACAUCUCCUCGCGCACCUCCCUCCACUUCCGCACGAUGCAAACAAUGUCCUAUUUCCACCUGAGGCCCCCCAGCGAGCCCCAGCAGCACGCAACAUGGGACCCCGCGCCGCUAACCGAACUCCGCCCCUGGCGAGUCCGGUACUCGGGCCCGCCGAGCAAGCGCGGCUUCCUCGGCGUGCUGUGCUACGACCACCAGCCCGCGCCAGAGCUGCUUGCCGAAGCCAUCAACGGGACCGUGCUCGCGCUGGUAAAAGCAGAGAGCCGCGCGGCGUUCAGGGAUCUCCUCCUACCAUCUUCCCUAGAGGAAGAGGAAAGCACGAACGCGAGGCCCGGCCUCGAAGACCCGCCCUCAGAAGAAGAGGCGGAGGAAGAAGGAAGAAUACCGCUCAUCCCCAACCCGCAAGGCCGUACCCUCGACCCGCGCCACUCCCGCCUGCUUGGGCUUGUGCUCGUGCGCGGAGUCGACACGCAGCGCAAGGAACUGCAGCUCCUGACCCCGCUGUCGCGCGAGAUCAUCGCGGGCCUGGCGGGCGAGGAGACGGUGCUGGUCGCGGGGCGGUUCGACGCGCCGUCCUGGGCGUACAGCGAGGAGCUGUACCGCCGGGCGCAUGUGCGUGCACCUGGGGAGGCAGAUUUUGAUCCUGAUUCUGAUCCUGAUUCUGAUCCUGAUUCUGAUGCUGAUUCUGAUGGUGCUGGUCCCGGUUCUAGUGAUAGUGAGGGGUUGGAGGAGGAAGGGCCACAGGAAGGGAUGGUGGUCAACAAUACUGGUGACAGGACGGUAGGGGCGUUGGGAAGGGGGCAGAUGAAGGAAAUUCCUUGGGUGGAAAUGCUGCAUGGGAGCCAGAAGCGGGCUGUGGGGAGCAAGGUCUGGAGGGUGAGGAGGGAUCUUGGGAGGAAUUGA